AUGGCUAGCCCACAGGUUCUCGUGUUCGAUGCUGAGGGCCGCCCUGUGAAGUUUGACACCUGGCUCGAUGACCUGCACCUCUACCUACAGCUCACAGCCAAGGAUGACAUCUCACUGUACGAUCACGCCCUAGGCCUUGUCACUGCCCCUGCUGCUACUGCUGACAGCACUGCUCGCUCACAGUGGCAGACUCGUGAUGCCCACGCUCGCUUCGCCAUUCGCAACUCCCUGCCGAUAGACGAACGCGAGCACUUUGGUCACCACAAGACUGCACCGGCACUGUACACAGCUGUAGUUGCUCGCUACUCCUCACCUGCCUCUGCCGCACUAGGCCGUCUCUCCCUCCCCUACCUGUUUCCCGACCUGGCCUCCUUUCACACAGUCGCUGACCUCAUCACGCACCUCCGUACUAGUGAGGCCCGCUUCCGUGCCGCCAUGCCUGCUGAGUUCCUUGCCACGCACCCCCCUCCACUCUGGCUCACUCUCUAUCACCUAGUCACCCGCCUCCCUGACACACUGCGUGCUGUCAGGGACCACUUCCUAGCUCGUUGCCCCACUGAGCUCACCAUUGCCCUCCUCGAGAAGGAGCUACUUGCAGCUGAGGCUAGCAUAGUCGCUGUAGGUGCCUCUCGUGGCGACCCCCGUACCCCGUUCUUUGAGGGGUGUUCUCCUUCCCCCCUUCUUCCCUCUGUCGCCUCUGCUGCUGCUGUCGACCUUCUUGGUACUGAGAAGGUCGGUACUGCGUCUGCCUCGAGCGGACGCCGCAGCGGCAAGGGCAAAGGGGGCAAGGGUAGUGGCGGUGACGGCGGGGGAGGCGGCGGUGGGGGCGGUGGAGGCAGUGGGGGUGGUGGCUCGGCUGGAGGGGCGAGUGGUAGCGGUGGGGGUGGUGGCGGCAGCGACGGGGGAGGUGGCAGGAGUGGAGGCGGCGGUUGGGGUGGCGGUGGACGAGGCGGCGGCAGGGGGCCAGCAGCACACCCUCUCACCCCAGGAGGUCCGUGA